UUUAAGGUAAGGAUACUAGAAUUGAUUACUCCUAACUCCUAAGUAAUGAUGACUUGAUGAGUACUAACAUGUUUUUUUUAAUAAAAUAAAUUUUGUCCUAACUAAUUUCAGUUUUCCGUUACAUUCCCAAUAUAUACUACCAAAAACCCUAAUUCCUCAAUUCCUCAAUUCCUCAAAUUGAAUCCAAUUCUCUCAUAUACCAUGAAGAACCCCAUCGAUCUCGGCACACCGAAUCCCCAAUCAGUAGGUAAACAACAACAACAGCUUCAAGGAUCUUCUACGCCUGAAAAAACAAACAAGAAGAGAAAAUCCCCUGCAAAAUUCACUCCUAGAAAAAAAAGCUCUAAGAACAACACGCCGAAGAAAAACGCUUCGGUUAAUGGAGUUAAUGGGACUGCUUCACCUGAUGUGGCUUGGAAAAUUGAUUUGCGGGGUGAGGCGAAAUUGUCAGCUGAGGAAAAUUCACGGUUGUCUGCGGGACUACCAUUACAUCCGCUCUUUUUAACGUGUAAAGGGGAGAAGAAAAGUCGGGAGUCUGCUGAUUCGGAAUGCAUUUUGUCUGAUGCUAAGAAGAAGAAUGGAAGAACUAUUUGCCCUCCUAUUCAUGUAUUUGAAGAUAGUCAGGAUGAUACUUCAUCAGUUGACUGGAGUGACUGGAAAUUUUUAGGAAAUACCACCGUUGUGGAUUGUGGUCCAGAAAGUUCAAAUUUAUCUGUUAUGGAGGGUUCUAUUGAAUCCUUAAAUUUUGAUAACUUUCUUAGUGGUGUAAAACCCUCAAGCACUUCAAUUUCUCAGAAUGCCUUGUCUUGUUCAGAUAAACUAUCUACACAAUCAGAAAAUAUGAUGGAAAUGUCACCAGAAAACUCAACUGUGCUAGCUAAUGAACAGGCAAAAUGCACUUCAAAGCUGGAAGAUGCCAUAGUGGACUUGGAGCUGGAUGAAGUCAGUACUGUAUCCAGGAGAGCAUGCAUUAACGGAAAAUCAGAUAAGGCUGACAGUAGCUUAUGGAUACACAAGUACAAGCCAACAAAAGCUUCAGAGGUAUGCGGUAAUGAUGAAUCCAUGAAUUUCUUGCGUGGCUGGUUAAAUCUUUGGCGUGAAAGACGUUAUCAAAACAGAAAGGAUUCCUCUAACAAGGAUCAAAUUGACAUGCCAAAUGAUGAUGGUGAUUAUAACUGUCCUGAUUGUGACUAUGAUUCAAAAGAUGUUGACGAGGAGGGUUCCCUGAAGAAUGUUCUUUUAAUUACAGGACCAGUUGGGAGUGGCAAGUCUGCAGCUGUUUAUGCUUGUGCCCGGGAGCAAGGGUUUGACGUUUUAGAGCUCAAUACAUCAGACUCUCGAAAUGGGGUUGCUGUCAAGCAGUAUUUUGGAGAUGCUCUUGGAUCACAUGGUGUCAAAAGGUUAGUGGAACACACUGUGAGUUCACAGAAGAAAACUGUGAAACUGCUCCCAGCCCCGGCUUCACCUAAUGUUAAAGCAGCUGAUGAGAAGGAUGAUGAUGUCAUUGAAAUGAUAACCAUAUCUGAUGAUGGAGCGCAUAGUCCUGGUGGAACAUCUCAGAAGUUAUAUGACACAAAUAAUGCGCUUACAUAUGAUUCUAUGCAAACUUUAAUUCUAGUUGAGGAUGUGGACAUCCUUUUUCCCGAAGAUCGUGGAUGUAUUGCUGCCAUACAACACAUUGCUGAGACAGCAAAAGGACCAAUUAUACUGACCAGCAACAGUAAAAAUGCUGGCCUGCCAAUUAAUUUGUGUAGACUACAUGUUUCUUUCUCAUUGCCAUUGCCGGAUGAGUUGCUUUGCCAUUUGUUCACGGUAUGUGCUUUAAGCUCUCCAACUUGUAAAAAAGACGGGAAAAUGAAAAGAUUGAAAGUGAAAUUUAACUCUUCGGUGGAUGACCUGCAGGUUUGUGUCGCAGAAGAAGUCAACAUCAAUCCUCUUUUAUUAGAGAAGUUUAUCCAGUCUUGUGAUAGGGAUAUUCGUAAAGCCAUUAUGCAUAUUCAGUUCUGGUUCCAGAAGAAAAAACAUGGCAAAGACAAGAAAGUGCAGACAGUAUAUGGCUCACUACCUUUUGAUCUUGAGGCUGGUCAUAAGAUACUACCAAAGAUAAUACCCUGGAGUUUUCCCUCAGAGUUAUCCGAACUAAUCGAGAAGGAAGUUGCCAAGUCAAUAACCAUAACGGAAAACAACUCAAACUGGGAAGGGUUAGCUAAUGAAGAGCUUUGCAUAAAUGACAAGCAAAAUAACUUAGAUGUGCAGUGUAUGGAAACUGAUUAUUUAGAGCCCAAAGUAGAGGUCUCAAAGAGGAUUGCACCUAUUACAGACUGCGGUGAGUUUGAAAGUCAAUAUAGUGCUAUCUCUGAGCUUUGUAAUUGUUCUGGAUCCUCAGUAACAUCCUCUUGGCAAAACGACCAAAAUAACCUUGUAGUGAUGUCCUCGGAUGCUAUGAAUAAGGAUCCAUAUAGUAGACAUUCUGUAGAUGUUCAUGACGAAGCUUACAAGAAACAAUGCCUUGAAGGCAACCGUGAAUCUUCCUUUGCAUUUCUAUUGAAUCAAAGCUAUGCCAGUAUGUCAUUUUGCGAGCUGCUGCGUUCUGGUUUGGAAAAUUCAGAGGAGGAACAGUGUAAAUAUUUAGAAACAACGUAUGAUGCCUGCUUAAACAAAACACCUAAAUCACUUGAUAUGUCUUGUUUUCCAGAAUCAAGACUUGUUUCCGAGACUGCAAUUCAAAAUAGAAUAGAAACAAAGUCUGGAGUAGUGUCAUAUGGUGACCAUCUUGCUUGUCCGAUAGAUGCUUCUCUGGGUAAUGAGAUGACACCAUUCUCUUUUGGUGUUUGUCAGCGCUUGGCCAAAGUGCCUCAAGAUCGAGAUUUGUUGGUGAAUACUGAAAUUCCCAAAUCUUCUCCAAGAACAACAGCACAUGAUUUGAUUGAUGAGAACAUGGAAAUCCCAACUGUGUAUAACACGUUGGAUGAGUGCAGUCAAACUGAUGUCAAGCUGAAGUCAAAUUUUGUUGAUUCUAGUCAAUCUAUGGAGAUAGAUUUGGUGCAAAGUUUUUGGACGAAACUUCGGGAUUGUCGAACAGAUUUAAAACAGCAUGCUGCCUCAGAACAGAUAGGUGCUAUAGAGGUUGUUAAACUUGCUAGUGGACUAAGCAAUCUAAUUUCAGAAGCUGAUUUGUUGUUUUGUAAUCACCAGCAAAAACAAUGUGGUAUUAUGGAGCCUCCAACUUUCCUGUCUGAUGAAUCCACAUUUAGUUGGUAUGAUGAACAAAUGAUGAUGUCAAAUGUUGCUGUACAUGGAUUUUGCUUUUAUGCCAAGCAUAUAGUAGAUGUCGGAUCCAAAUUGGGUUUUGCGAACAGGGUCGACAUAACUUCAGAGAUGUUGGCUUCUACUGCAAACAUUAUGGCUCUGGGGAAGUUAUCAAGACAGGAACACACCAAACCCAUGAGUAACUUUAGCAAAGAGCUUUUAGAGGUGAACAACCCAAGGAAUGAUAAGAAGAGCAUGCAAUAUGAAGAAAGAAGAACAUCUCUGUUCAACGUGAUCAGAUCCAUUGUUCCUGCAAAAUCAUCAACAACGGCAAUUAAAGGCAUUGCAUUUAGUGAAUAUCUUUCUUCACUGCGCCAAAUUUCAAUUUCAGAGGAUUUCCGCAUUUCACAAGGUGUUAAAAAGAUGAGGAAAGGAAGGCGGAAUGCUGAACAUUAUUUGAGCAGAGGUAAAAUGGUGUUGUCUCCUGAAGAUAUAUCAUCGGUGUGUGAAGGUGACUUGUAUAGAAAGAUAUCUUCACAGUAUGCUGCUAACAUGGAAAGCAACUGCACAGGAUUAAACAUUGUAGCUCAUAUUUAAUUUAAUAAUAGGGCCAUUCAUUCUUGACAUAUAUUAGUUGCAUAUACAAGAAUCUGUGUCUUCAUUGAUGAUUGGCAUAGGACUAGGCUCAUAUAGUUAUUUUCCCCAAUGAUUGUGGGUCGGCAUUGUAAAUUAAAUAGAGCAGUGAUAGGAUUCGAAUAAGAUAGGAUUUGAAUAAGCGGAAAUAGUAAAAACGAUUCAUUAUUUGUACACUAUCAUUUUUAAAUAAUCUUAUUUUCACUAUAAUUGUAUAUCA